CACAAUCUGUCAAACGGGUCACUCCCGCGAAAUUCGCAUCGAGAUUUAUUCUUCGUAGCUAAACUUCACUAGUGUGACACAACGAUGAAUCGAAAAUAGACUACUUUUUUUUAUAUUUGUUUUUUUACUCUUGAACUAGCUGCACUUUUUGUUCCUCCUCUCUUCCUUGUCAAAGAUGGCGGCGAUCGCGUAAGCGUCGAAAGAAACAUUUUCUUCUUGUGUGCUCCGAAAAAGCUAAAUUAUAUAUACUCCUCGUAUAUAUAUCUUCUAUUUCGGACCGUAAAGAUCUCGAUAGCGAUCAUUCCUGAAAUCUCGGAAGGUCGCCAGUCAAAAUGACCGAAGAAACGCAACAGCAGACCGAGGGUGCUGCGCAGAACGAUAGCUGUUCCGCACAGCAGAACGAAACGCAAAUCAAUUCGGCAGAUAUCGGAAAAGUCAAAGACAACAAAAAGGAAAAAUGUCGUCCUAUGACAAAGGUGGUGAUCAGAAGAUUGCCUCCGACAAUGACUCAGGAUCAAUUCUUGGAGCAAGUGUCACCAUUGCCGGAACAUGAUCAUUUGUACUUCGUGAAAGCCGACAUGUCGCUCGGCCAGUUCGCGUUUUCUCGCGCUUAUAUUAAUUUUAUAGACCAACAAGAUAUCUUUAUGUUUCGGGAGAAGUUUGACAAUUACGUCUUUAUAGAUUCCAAGGGAGUGGAAUAUCCCGCAGUAGUAGAAUUCGCGCCUUUUCAGAGAUUACCAAAGAAACGAGUCGGCAAGAAGAAGGAUCUCAAAUGUGGCACUAUCGAGAGCGAUUUGUAUUUUAUAAACUUCCUGGAAGGUUUAAAGAAUCAGGAGGUUGAUUCAAGUGUAACUCAAUCGAAAACUGAAUACUCUUAUCAACCACCAGACAAUACAGCAAAGAAAAUCACAACAACUCCACUACUUGAGUAUCUGAAACUUCGUAAACAGGAGAAGCAACGUCUUAGGGAUGAGAAACGUGAGGAAAGACGAAGGAGAGAUAUAGAAAAACGGAGAACGAGAGAUGAUCCUGUUAUUUCUAAGGUUUUAAGAAAUCCGGACUUAGAUAAAGACUCGAGUAAGGACGACAAAGAAAAUAAAGAGGAGAGAGAUAAACUUUCGCCAAAGGAAUUGAAGAAUAGGCACAAAAGAGAUGAAAAAAUAAGAGAAAAAUUAUCGCGAGACCGGGAGAUUAAACCUAUUAUUAAAGGGUAUAGAGAGCGAAUCGAUGAUAGAAACAAGGAAAUAAAGCAUCGACGAUAUGAUGAGAAGAGGCCUUACGGAAGACGUGAUGAUCGAGAGGGAGUAAGAGAGGAGAGAAGAUUUGAUUUUAAAGAUGACAGAAGAUACGAGGCGAAGGAGGAGUUUAGAGAAUCUAGAGACAGGAAGGUGGAGGAAAGACGCGGAAAGAGUUACGAGAAAAUGAGACAAGAGAAGAAGAAGUUAGCUGAAACGAAGAAACAGAUUGUUGAUAUUAAUGGAGAUGAUGUGAAUUCAAAAAAGAUAAAAGAGGACUACGAUAUUGUACGAGAGAAAGAAGAUGGAAAUGGCAAAGAAUCUGUGCAUAAGGAGGAUGAAUUCAAACAUGCCGGAGACAACGAAUGCACGCAACAUGAUACUGCCGAGGAUCGAGUAACAGUGGACGCGAUGCGAAAUUGUGAGGAUGAAACUGGAGAAGAGGGAAAUGGUUCAUCUAAUCCUGAUGCAAACGAUGAGGAUGAAUCUGAGGAGAAAGAAUCAAAAGUCGUGAAGAGGCGAAAUUCGCUCGAAAGUGGCGGCGAAGGUGGUGCAGGCGACGGUAGCUGUCUGCGACGUCACAAAUCGUUAGAUGGAGAUGGUGAAAGUAAUUUACAGAAAAAUGAAGAAAAAGAAAAGGAUAAAAAAGAUCCACGAUUGGAACGCAGAAUACGAAAUAAGGAUCGUCCAGCAAUGGAGAUAUAUAGACCCGGCAUGGGCAAGUUCAGUAAGCAGCGACUAGAACGUGAAAAAUCCAACAACGAUGAACGAGCAUCUCUUUCCCAAAGUCCGACGCCAAAUCCAAAUACUUCUUCCUCCGUGACUGGCAAAUCCGGGAAAUCUGGAGCGACAGAAGUACGCUCGAUGACAUUCAAACGCAGUGUCACUCGUGAUGCAGUGUAAUUUUUUCGAAUCAUUUUUCGUCGCUCGUAACGCAUCGCUCCAUCGUGGUUGUGACGCUUUGAUUUCGAACGAAUUUACAGUAGAUUUAAUCAUCAUAUAAUACAUAAUUGUUCCCAUCAUACUGUAUAAAACAUGUCAUAUCAUGUAAUGUGAUGAUUCUAUACGCGCAUCCAAGAUAAUUAUUUUACACACAGUCUGCUCGUAUUUCGUUUUUUUUUUCUAGACAU